UGGAUGUCCACACACACGCACGCACGCACGCACACACACACACACACACACCAGUGGUAGCUAACGCAUGCGCACAAAGACAAGCGUGCUGUCAUGUCAGAGAAGUAGCAAUUCUGGAGGAAUUAAAAGAGAUUUGAAAUUUAAUCACUAACUGGAGAGACCUCGAGAAUUGAUAGAGUUAUAAUUUGUAAUCUCAAGUGUAAUGAAGGUGAGUGGCAGUGCAGCUGGAGGAACUGACCCUAAUGCACAGGAAACCAGAAACAGUGAACAACCACCGAUGGGUACUACGCCUACCACUGGUAGUCAGGUACCGUCGUCUGAUAGUCAAAUAAGCACAACAUCAUCACAACAGACAGAUAGCUUACCUGCGAUCUCUGAGGAUCAAAACCAAUCUACUUAUGACAUAUUUGAUGAGCCGCCUUCGUAUGAGUCGGCCGUAUCAUCUGGAUAUUUAGAGAAUACUGCAAAUGAUGCUAGUAACAGUGAGAGUACAGAGAAGGUGGAGUCAGGUGAACCUGAGUUUCCAGUGAGGGAUUUGCAAAAACUAGAUGAGAGUUUGAAUAAGACAAAAUGGGUUGUACCUGUAACGCCAGGAGCAGAGCUGGAGAUUUUAUUGGACGCGGCUAUUGAUUUAUGCAAGAGAGGAUUAGACACUAAAAGUGAACCAUGUCAGAGAUUCUUUCGAGAAGGCCUUCAGUCUUCAUUUGCCAAGCUAAUGAUGGAUGAUGCUGUGAUACAAUGGAAACCGGAGAUUCACCAAUACAUUUACGAUAGUUCCUUGAAAGUUAUUCAGUUGUGUGUGACAAAACUAGCCGACGACUGGUUUUGUCUUCUUGAGUUGUUGGCAGUGGUUUUAAAUGCAAACAACAGAUUUCAUCAAGUGAAUCACAAGGAACUUGCAAAGACACUACCUCAAGAUGGAUGUAAAUUGUUGAAGACAUAUGCUGAACCCCAUGAACAGUACAACAAGGGUUGGCUUGUAGACUUUGUUAAUACGUUUGGUAAUCUCGAUGGAUUUGAGGCUCUUUACAAUCGUGUUGUAAAGGGUAGCAAUCUCACUGUUCCUAUAAUGGCGGCUCUUCUCAAGCCUUUUGCUGUUUGCACACAAGUACUGUCCGUUACUUGUGCAGAGCAAUAUCUUAUGCCUUGUUGUGACUCGGUGUUAGAAGUUUUGAAAAAUCUUACUGAUGAGGAUUUGAAGAAAGAGACUAAGAGUGAAUCAAAGAGUGAUAAUUUGACGUCGGUUGUGAAGUCGUUGAAGGUGUUGUAUCAGCAUGUUCCUGAGAGACGAUGUAUGUUGGAGGAGAUCGAGUCAUUCAGACUGAAGAUGAUUCUUAGAUUACUGCAGAUUUCGUCAUUCAGUGGCAAGAUGAAUGCUCUUAAUGAAGUAAAUCGCUUAGUGCAAUCAGUCUACAGUUACAGUGGGAGAUCGGUGUAUGAUGAUGAGGAGACGGGAGUCACAUCAGACAGGCUAGCUGAAUGGAUUCAAGAUAAUAAAGUAUUGUCAAUUGUGCUGAAAGACAACCUUCAUCAACCACAGUAUGUUGAAAGAUUGGAGAAAAUCCUUUGGUUUAUGAUCCGUCAGAAGGCAUUGACGAAAGAUGACUUGGACACUCUGUGGGCAGCACAAGUUGAUAAACAUGAAGCCAUUGUCAAGAACAUACACGACCUUCUUGCAAGAUUAGCAUGGAAUUUUUCAGCUGAACAGCUUGACUAUCUUUUUCAGUGUUUCCAGAAAAGUUGGACACAUGCAGGGAAACGACAACGAGAGAAGCUAUUAGAAUUAAUUAGAAGACUUGCAGAGGACGACAAAGAAGGAGUGAUGGCAGUGAAGGUGUUGGGAUUGUUGUGGAAUCUUGCUCAUUCUGAAGAUUGUCCAAAGGAAAUUAUGGAGCAGGCUCUUGCAGCACACAUCAAGAUUCUUGACUACAGUUGUGCAGUGGAUCGCGAUCAGCAGAAAACACAGUGGUUACUACGAUGUAUUGAAGAGUUAAAGACAGAUGUUUGGGUGUUGCCAGCAAUUAAGAUGAUUCAUGACAUCUUUAGCAUGUAUUUUGAGGGACCAUCUAACAUGUCGGUUCAAACUCAUCACAACUUCUGUUAUCGACAGGAAGUCAUUAGCCAUUUUGAACGUAAAUACCAUCUUAUUGAUCUUGUGACACAGAAUCUUGGAUUGUACAUAGAGAAGGCUAGGAAAUACACUGAAGCAAAUCCGAGUACUGAACCAGCCGAGCUGAUGAUUGAUGGUCAUGUUUCUCAUGAACAACAAGUAACAGAACGACUCAACUUUCUCAGAUUUAUUUUGAAAGACGGGCAGCUCUACUUGUCUCUUGCUCCUGCAAAGACGAUUUGGCAUUGGCUUGCUGAAAAGGCAGUGUUUGGUUGUGACAGAGAAGCAGCUUUCAAAUGGUUUUCAAAGGUGAUGGGUGAAGAUCCUGACCUUGAACCAGAAGUUGGGCGGCCAUUCUUUGAGGAACAUGUUUUGCAGAUUGAUCCUGCAGAUGUCACAGAGAGUGGAAUGAAGUGUUUUGAGAGAGCAUUUACAAUGGUGAAUCAACGAGAACAGAAGCUGACACCUAAGAGGCAUCACCGAGUAACAAAUGACUUGUCAUUAGUUGGAUUGGAUUAUCUGUGGAAGCUAUUUCUACACGGCUCUGAUGAUAUAGCCAUUAGAGCUAUUGACAUUGUGAAGAAUAUUUACACAAAUCUUGGGCCUCCCCUUGAACCUAAACAGGUUGCAAUUCAUCGCAAAUUUAUUCAAACUUGCUUUGACUAUCUGCGUGAGUCAUACAGUGAAUUGAGUGGCUUGAAACAAGAGCUGGAUGCAGAAGAUCAAUCGAUUGCGACUGUGCACACAACUCGAAUGGUUCGGUGUCUGAAGCUGUUGAGAGAGUAUAUUGCUGAGUGUGAUGCGGCUCAUGAAGAUGAGCGAGCAAUACUACCACAUGGAAAAUCCUGGCUGGGUCGUCACACAACAUGGACGAUUCGAUUUCCAAUGCCAAAUGGUCGACCAGAAGACAUUGAACUUACAACUCAUGGCAAUGAGUCUUUAGCAGCAGUUCGACGGAAAAUUAUUAGAAUGCGACGAGGCUCUUCUCAGUCUUCGCGUCUAGAUUUGUAUAUCAAUGGCGAAUUAGUGAAUCCUAUGGAUGACAAGAAGCUGAUUCAUCAGCUACCAUUUAGAGACAAGCAGUUGGUAACCGCUAAGCUGAGUCACAUACGACAUGCAGUGUCUCCUUCACAAGAUUCGUCUUCUGAUUCAUCAACGAAUUCUGUGUCUCACCUAUUUGAGGGACCGAAUGUUGAGGUUGAACAGAGCCUUCCAGGAGUGGUAAUCUCUAGAGACCCAAGUUACUGUGCCUUCUUGCUAAAUAUCGGACAGUUGGGUAUUCAUUUUAAUGUUCCAAGUUUACGGGAUAAUGUGAGGCAACUUCUUGAACUCAUCCCAACUGACCAGGGAGCGAUGUUGAACAUCAGGCAGUGCAGUUCUGAAAUGACGAAAGAUGGAAUGGCUCAACUGAAGAAAUUGUGCUUUGAGAUGCCACCACUGAACACUCUAUACUACUUAGAGGUUGUUCAUUCCAUGUUAAUGCCAGCCAGCAGUUUUGAAGAGGAGCAAUCGCAACAGUUUCAAGUUUGGUUUUUCGAAAAUGGUGGCAUCUUUUUAUUGCUCAGUUUGCUCAAAGAACCAAACUUUAUGAGAGAUGCCGACAACACAACACGACGGUCUUCUUACUCUGUGUGUAUCAAACUUGCAAAAGUGAUGCUCUGUUCUAUGGGGUUUGCAAAACUAACCACUUGGAGUCGUUGUCUUCAACGAGGAGAGAGACUUUCUUCAGUAGAACAGAAUGAUCAGCAAAGAAUCUCGCAUGCUCUUCACCAGCUUCCUGGUUUGCAGACUGAUUUAUUGAUUUGGUCAAUCGCAACACGGCUUGGUCAAAUGGCCUCAGAAGCCAGUGUGAAUGCAUUAGAGUUGCCAUCACUUGAGACAAUACAUUCAGUGAAGCGCUUAGCUUGGGCAUCAUCAGCUGGAGUUAUUCACUUAGUUCAUGCAACACCAGAGGACAUACAUGCUGCUUUUGACCGAUCACCUGGAACAACAGGAAGAGCUGUAGAACCUGAGUGUUCAGCGAUAGCAAAAGAAGCUCUAGAAGUUUUGUCUGUAUGCUUGACUUUGCUUCCGUCUGCGCAUGAAAAUUUGACACGUGAUUCUAACUGGAAACUGUUCAUCUCUGACAUGCUACUUAUGGCCAGAACAAGAUCUGUACGCGUGGCUGCGUGUGAACAGUUUUAUCUGAUGAUCACUCGAUGCUCUGGUGAUUCACGUCCUCUUUCAUACUUUACUGUUCUUCUGUUUGCUGGUCUUGAGACGGAUGUUGUAAAGCGAGCGAAAAUGUCGUCAGAGUAUUUCACACUUCUCUGUCAUCUACUGAGCCACAUUUCCAGUACAAGAGAGAUACAACUUGACAUUGAGCACAAACUCAACUUGCAGAUUCAGUGGUUGAAAUCUGUCAAAAUGAAGUUUGGGGCAUCUGGAGGACCAGUUGUGGAAGAUUCUUUGUUGGAGGGACAUCUCAAUGUAAUGAAGGAACUACUGGCAUUUAAGACAUCAACAGAAAAACACAAAAUUGGAUCAUCAGAAGGACAAGGUCUUAUCAAGGAAUUAGUGGAAGACUUUUUGUGUCCAGCAUCUAGAAUGUUGUUGCAAGUCAAGAGAAGUCGUGGUUCUUUGCCAUCUGAGCCAGUCAAACCCAUAUGCUCUGUUGUUCAGACGCAAAAUGCUGCUUAUGACUUACUUGUAGCGUUUGUCACUGACUGUGUUCCAAACCUUGAAGAGCUGUGUCGGUUGCAAGAAGAACUCUUUUAUCAAGACAAUGCUAUUCCUUUGCUUGAGUGGGAGUUUGCUCCUCCUGUUGGUCCUCGACCUAUGAAGGGGUUUGUUGGUCUCAAGAAUGCUGGAGCAACAUGCUAUAUGAACUCUGUUGUUCAAAUGUUGUAUAUGAUUCCUGAGAUUAGAAAUUACAUAUUGAAGGUGCAGGAUUUGUGGAAAGAGACUGAAGAGGAGGAGGAGACAUCUUUUGUUGAGGAGAAGAACUUGAAAAACCAGUAUCUAAAUGAACGUGCUGAGAACGAGCAGGAACCAAAGCCUGUUGACAAGUUAACGCCAGCACCUGGUUGUGAAAAUCAAGAAGAAGACAGAAACUCAUAUCGAGUCACUGUUGUCAAACAAAUCCAGUGCAUUUUUGGCCACUUGAUGAAGAGUCGUCUACAAUACUACACACCUCGUGGACUAUGGAAAUCAUUUCGCAUGCAGGACAGACCAGUAAACGUUCGAGAGCAGCAAGAUGCAAUGGAAUUCUUUAAUGGAAUCGUAGAUGGUGUGGAUGAAGGACUUAAGACUAUGGAACAUGAACAGAUAGUUGUGAAGGUGAUGGGAGGUGUGUUUGCUGAUCAAAAGAUUUGCAAGGGAUGUCCACAUAGAUAUGCCAAGGAGGAGCCAUUUAUGUCUAUUAGUGUAGACAUUCGACAUCACCAACACUUACUGGAGUCUUUGGAGCAAUAUGUAAAAGGCGACCUACUGGAAGGCGAUAAUGCAUACUUUUGUGAAAAAUGUCAAAAGAAGGUGGACACUAUCAAGAGAACUUGUAUACAAAAGCUUCCACCUGUCUUAGUUAUUCAACUGAAGAGAUUUGAUUACGAUUGGGAGAGGGACUGUGCAGUUAAAUUCAAUGACUAUAUCGAGUUUCCUCGUGAACUUGAUAUGGAGCCUUAUACUGUACAGGGAUUAGCAAAGUUGGAAGGUGAGCGAGUGGAGGUGGAGGGUGAUCCUGACAAGGACAAAGAAGAACGGGAGGAUGGUCCAUUUGUGAAUGCUUGUACUCGUUAUCGGUUGGCAGGGAUUGUUGUUCACAGUGGUCAAGCAAGUGGAGGACACUACUAUAGCUACAUAGCACAGAGAGUUGAUGGUCAAGGUACAAAAUGGUUCAAGUUUGAGGAUGGGGAAGUAGGAGAGGCCAGAAUGGAGGAUGACGAGGAGUUGAAAAGUCAAUGUUUUGGUGGAGAAUUUAUGGGUGAAACGUAUGACCAUGUGAUGAAAAGAAUGCAGUAUCGUAGACAGAAACGUUGGUGGAAUGCAUACCUUCUUUUCUAUGAGAGAGAAGAUGUGCCUUAUACAGUUGUGGGAACGGAUGGUCCUCCUGCUCCUGUGUUACCAGGUGCUAUAGAAAGAGCUGUUCAGCGAGAGAACCUUGAGUAUAGUCACACGAAAGCACAGUUUGGUUUGGAUUACUUUCGAUUUAUGAGAAAUCUAGCUCAAGCGAACUUGCCCUUUAUAUCAGAAGAGAGACCUGACAUCUCAGAGCAGCAAGAACAUUCGGUGAUGUUAUCUGUAAAGCUUCUUACUAAGUUUUUGUUUUCUGUUGGUUUUCGUACUAAGAAGGUAAUUCGAGGCUCGGCUUUAGAGUGGAGUAACAUCCUGCUUACUCUGCUUCGGUGUAACAAAACUGUACGAUUCUGGUUUGCAACGGCAGCCUUGUUUGAACACACUGAAAGAUUUUCGGAGUAUUUGUUGGAGUGUCCUAGCCAAGAGGUUCGUUCUGCAUUUAGUAAACUAAUUGCAUAUCUUGCUCACUAUUCACUGAACGACGGACCAUAUAAACGACCUUUGCCCUCGUAUGACGUUGCUACUUGUUCUCCAAAGAUUGAGGCUCCACCUCCUGCGAGUGAGACACAAACAUUGAGUGACUGCUUGCUGGAUGCUGUGCUGAGCCUUAUGAAGAAGGAAGUAGGAGAACAUGAUAGACACUUGCAGCAGUACUUUCAGCUCUUUCUUACAUAUGCCAAUCAAGGCACUGCAGAGCGUACUCAGUUAUUGUGGAUGCGUGUUCCCAGUCUAUUUAUCUCUGUAUCACUUGGUGAUGGCCCGGCCUCAUUGGGAUAUCGUCAGCACAGUCCUGAUUUUAGUAAACUACACGGUGUCAUCUCACUGCUGGUUCGAUGCUGUGAUAUCACAAAGAGAGUGAAGAGCUCUUGUUCAAAAUCAAAAGUGUUGAGAAAUCCAUUUAGUGAAAUUCCUGAGCUUGUUCCUAUAGAUACAGAUCUUGAACAAGCCAUCUUUGACAACCACAGGUAUGUUAAGAAGGUAAUUGUAGAGAACACGGCAUCAGAAGACACAAUAAGACUUAUUCGAUACUGCUCCUGGGAAAAUCCAGUGUUUUCUCGUAUGGUGCUGAGUGAACUUUUAUCUCAGCUGACGUAUGUUUAUACUUAUGAACUAAAGCCAUUCCUUGAUUUGCUGCUCCAUGUUCUCCUCAUUGAGGAUUCAUGGCAACAUCCUCGUAUCGUCAACACAAUUGCAGGUUUCCAUGAUCAGCCUGGUGCUGAUGGUCUAGUGGAUAUCAUUCAACGUGCAAGAAACCACUACCAGAAACGAGCUUAUCAGUGCAUCAAGAUGAUGGUUGUUCUUUUCAACAGUUGUAGUUUGGCCAAUGACUUGUUACACAAAGAUCCUACUCUAAAACGGCAAUGGCACAAUGCUGUUAUGUGGCUAGCAGAAGAGCUAGAACGACGGCCAUACAGUCACACAUAUGGCUACAACAACUGGUCACCUCCUGCACAGUCAAAUGAAACAUCAAAUGGGUAUUUCUUGGAGAGAUCAAACAGUGCUAAGCAGACGCUUACCAGAGCGUGUGAUUUGUGUCCAGUUGAGGAGCAACCAGAUGAAACAGAGACAAUGAUGGAUGAAUCACCACAAGAGCAGGACAGCCCUAUUUCUCAGUCAGGUAGUCAAUACAAUAACGACACGGCAAACGAAUCACCAAAUGUACAACACAGGCGACCCAAAUCCCCCGUCUCACCGAACGAAGUGCGAGUAACCCAAUCUGGGCCAAGCACGCGUGUUGAACUGAGGAAAAAAACGAAGUCAGUAGACAACCUUGAUCAAAUUGAAGAUUUCGUUACUGACCAAAAUCUACAAGACAGCAGUAGCUUACAGCCAAUGGAUGAAGACUGAUGCUUGUAUGAUAGACUUGCUGAUCACCGAAGCUUUAUUUCCCAUUACUCUUUAGGUUUAUUUAGAUCUUGUGUGUGAGGCUGUAGACCUGACGUUAUUGAAUCUAUUUGUGUGCUGUAGGCUGGUGUAGGAUCUAGUGUAUGUGUACGUAAUUUUCUACAUGUUGUAAUGCCAAAAUGUUAGCUUAUUUUUAUCGUCACUAGUGUGUAGAGGCAUGUCCUCUUACGUUGUGUAAUAUCUUUUGGUGUACUUUCA